UGCUACCGUUCUUUAUUCCACCAAAUGAUGUGAGUCUGCCCCGCACUGUGGUUUAUCGCGUCGCAUCGUCGUGGACAUCAAUGCCCCUCAUUUUGGUCGCACUCAACUGUCACAACUACAUACUGCACCAAGAUAUCCUCAGAAACGAAGCUUGCUAACGCGAUGGCGCUGAUUUACAGGUACACAAGCUCUGCCAAGAGUCAGCGCAUCGCAUUCUCUCGUCGUUCGACCCCCAGCUCAUGAUCGCCAUCGGUGGUGGCGGCUACGUGCCCGCGCGGAUCCUCCGCUCUUUCCUCAAGCAGCCCGGCUCCGCCAAUAUUCCCAUCCAGGCCAUUGGCCUCUCUCUUUAUGAGACCCUGCCGGACACAAAUCCCACGUCAGGCGCCAGCACCCCGGGUGUCGUGGAGAACAUGGGCACCAAGGUCACACGGACGCAAUGGCUCGACCUCAGCAGUCUGGGCGAGAUGGAGAACCUGGUCGGCAAGCGCAUCCUAAUUGUUGACGAGGUGGAUGACACACGCACAACUCUUGAGUAUGCUGUUAAGGAGCUGGAGAAGGAUGUCGAGGCCGCGAGAGUCAAGUUCGGUUUACAGGGUGAGACGAAGUUCAGCAUCUUCGUACUGCACAACAAGGACAAGAAGAAGAAGGGCACCCUCCCUACCACGCUGCUGUCUAAGAAUCAAUACUUGGCAGCGAGAACCGUCGGUGAUGUUUGGAUAUGCUAUCCCUGGGAGGCGACGGAUAUUGACGAGCACGACGAAUUGGCAAAGAAGCAGACUAACAAGACGGGUGGUGCUUCCUAGCAUGUUGGUGCGCCCCAGUGCUUUGCUUCUUGUCCACCUUCUUGAACUCCUCCCCUCGUCAAAUCAGGUUGAAAGGGAAUAAGGACAGCAAGUAGAGGAUAAAGGAUAGAGAUCACAGUCCUAGAAGGGGGUUUUGCUAAUCCAGCUUUGGGAUUUGCUAAUCAAAAGCUGCAACAAAAGUGUUUGCACUACAGUUCUUUCCCAUCGAUCACAUAUGUGCUCACGGGCAUGAUCUGAGAUGGGAGAGAUGUCAGACCUUAUAACUACCAA